UAACACAUAUUGGCAAGACCUUUUACAGUUGCAUGCAGGUAGCAAUCAAAUUUGUCAGAACAAAAUGUAAACACACUGAGAAAGAAGAAACUUUACAGGGAAAUCAUUGUUGCUACUUCUGGUAGGCUACUUCCUUUUUACGGAACUUCUUUGAAGAGCUUCUUUGAAGAAGGUCGUUCUUCGGGACGUGCCGAGCUUUCUGUUUGAGUUCACUUCAGCUGGGGUGUUUCGGAAGGCAAGGACACACAUUUGACCAGGAAAGUGCUCAGGACCAAGGGUCAAGAGCACUGUGAGAACGCAUCACCUGAAGAUGGCAAAUGACAAGAGCAACGCGUUCGAAUCGCUUUAGGACGCAACAUUGGACUUCAGUCAACGAUAUUGAUGUAUAUUCUUUAGAAAUUAUAUCAGCAAAUAAGAAUGCUUUGCAUGCAUGUUAAAUCCAUAGCGUAUUUUAAAUUUUAGUUCAGUAUAUUGUUUUUACUUUGAGGUUGUAGACGUUUUUUUUUUUAGAGGAACAAUAUCAUGAAGUUCAACGGGUAUCUAAAGCUUAGAAUUGGUGAGGCGUUGGACCUUAAACCAACUACUUUUUCCCUUCGCCAUUCUACAAUGUUCAACAAAACAGCUCCCACUUUGGACCCUUACAUUGUGAUAAAGGUGGACGAGUACAAAAUUGGACAGACGCAUACAAAGCAGAAAACCAACAUGCCAACUUACAACGAAGAGUUCUGCCUCAAUGUCAACGACGGCAAGCAUAUAGAGUUGGCUGUAUUUCACGAUGCACCCAUAGGGUAUGACGAUUUUGUUGCUAACUGCACAUUUCAAUUUGAGGACCUGAUGAAAACCUUGAACACAGAGACUUUUGAAGGAUGGGUGGACCUGGAGCCAGAGGGCAAGGUGUUCAUCCUCAUAACACUCAAUGGCUCCUUCAUUGAUGAUGACGCCACGGGGAAGGCCAAGGUGUUCAAGCAGUUCAACAGGAAGAGGCAAGGGGCCGUGAAACGCAAGAUCCAUCAGGUCAAUGGACACAAGUUCAUGUCCACCUUCCUACGGCAGCCCACCUUCUGCUUCCACUGCAAAGAGUUCAUCUGGGGUGUGUUUGGGAAGCAGGGCUACCAAUGCCAAGUAUGCACGUGUGUGGUUCACAAGCGAUGUCAUCAGUUGGUUGUCACGGUGUGUCCACGAAUGAAGAAGCCUGUCAAGGAGCCGACCACCAACCAAGGCUUCAGUAUCAACGUCCCUCACAAGUUCAACAUCCACAACUUUAAGGCUCCCACCUUCUGUGACCACUGUGGUUCUCUACUGUGGGGCCUUGUCAGACAGGGUCUACACUGCAAGAGCUGUAAGAUGAACGUGCACAUCCGCUGUAAGGGCAACGUAGCACCCAGCUGUGGGGUCAACAGUGUGGAGCUGGCCAACAAGUUGGCAGAGAUGGGCCUGCAGGCCGGGGGGUUCUCCAAACGCAAUUCGCUGUCCACUGGAGUGCAGGGCCAGGAGCGGGCCCUCAGUGUGAGGAGAGAGAGUGAAACCCCUCAGCAGCAGACCAGACAUCUGGGCAUCUCUGACUUCACCUUCCUACAGGUGCUGGGGAAGGGUAGCUUCGGCAAGGUGAUGCUGGCUCGGUUGAACAGCGGUGAGCGGGUGUUUGCAGUGAAGGUGCUGAAGAAGGACAUAAUUCUGCAGGACGAUGAUGUUGAGUGCACCAUGACAGAGAAGAGAGUGCUGUCACUGGCCAGCUCCCACCCGUACCUCACUCAGCUCUACUGCUGCUUUCAGACACCGGACCGCCUGUUCUUUGUGAUGGAGUUUGUCAAUGGAGGCGACCUCAUGUUCCACAUCCAGAAGUCCAGAAAGUUUGAGGAGUGCCGCGCUCGCUUCUACACCGCCGAGAUCACCUCUGCACUUAUUUUCCUGCACAGCAAGGGCAUCGUCUACAGGGAUCUGAAGCUGGACAAUGUGCUCCUUGAUAAGGACGGACACUGUAAGCUGGCUGAUUUCGGCAUGUGCAAGGAGGGCAUGUUUGAAGGUGUGGCCACAGGCACCUUCUGCGGGACUCCUGACUACAUCGCCCCAGAGAUCCUUCAGGAGAUGCAGUACGGGCCGUCUGUGGACUGGUGGUCUCUCGGCGUGCUGCUCUAUGAGAUGCUGUCUGGCCACGCCCCCUUUGAGGCAGAGAACGAGGACGACCUGUUUGAGUCCAUCCUGAAUGAGGAGAUCAGCUAUGCAUCCUGGCUGAGUGCUGAGGCAGUCAAUAUCCUGAAAGCUUUCCUGACUAAGAACCCUGCCCGGCGUCUAGGCUGCGUGGCGGCGGAGGGUGGGGAGAACGCUGUGACUAACCACGUCUUCUUCACUGGAAUCAACUGGGACAAGCUGAACUGCAGGGAGCAGGAGCCGCCCUUCAAACCCCGCAUCAAAACUGCAGAGGACGUGAACAACUUUGACCCAGACUUCACCCAGGAGGAGCCCACCCUGACGCCCAUUGAGGAUCUCCUUCCCUCUGUCAACCAGGACGAGUUCCACAACUUCUCUUUCACCUCUCCUGAGCUGCUGGACGACUAGGAGGCCCUGUGUGACCCCCCCCCCCCCCCCCCCCCCCCUGCACCUCCAGAUGACUGGAGCCAUACAGGAUCACAAUGUGUCUAGCUCUGGCUAGUUCACUGGCACAGUUGACUGUUUGGCACUGCCUUAGCCUGUAUCUCUAAUUUUGAAAGGCAGUUUAGACUCCGCCCUCGUCACUGUGGUAUAUGACUGUCUGGUUCUCUGUGGAGAGAGAGAGAGGUUACUCAAUGAGGCCAGAUUUUAGUCAGAUGUUGUUUUUCCACGAUCCUUCCCUUCAUCUUUGGAAAACAUGGGACAGUCUUGACUUGUAACCUUGUGUAUUAAUGCUCUUACAGUAUCUGACUGCAAUGCAAAGCAAUUUUAAUGGCAAUUUGUCCCCUGAUAUGGAAAGAUGAAUUUGCCUACAGGUACUUCAAGAUGAAUACAAGCACUUUUUGAACUAA